AUGGAGACUUUAAUUAAACAGAGAGGCGCUGCAAAGGGUAAAGUCACCACAUUCAGAAAGUAUUUCGUAAAGUUGCGUGCGGCGCACCCGGACGGUGAGCAGCCAUUGGAUGAAAUAACACAGUUAGAGUUGCGUGAACGUCUUGAUCGGUUACGAGAGGUGUAUCAGAAUUAUGAUCGGUUGCAAAUUCAAAUCGAUGAACUUUCUACUGAGGAAACAGAGACUACUCAGUAUCGUGAGGGUUUCGAAGAUGAAUAUUUUAGUUUAGUGGCGCAAGCAGAGCAUGUUUUAAAACGUAACCCUGCUUCGGCCAGGGGUGCGCAUUCAUCGAGGCAGCAGCCUGAGCAAGCGAAUUUAGAAGCAGGGCAAAUACACACGAAUAUGGAUUAUGUGGCGCGAGCUCUUCCAACCGACGCAAGACAAGCGAAUCAAAAUAUCAUUUUUAAGACACCAGGUAUUCGAUUGCCGACAAUUGAAUUGCCUAAAUUCACUGGUGACGUAGCAGAAUGGUUAAGCUUUCGUGAUACAUUUGAAUCGCUCAUCCAUAGAAAUGAAACGGUUGAUCCUAUUCAAAAGUUUCAUUAUUUGAGAGCGUCGUUGGAUGGGAACGCUGCACAGAUAAUCAAAUCUUUAGAAUUUACGGCACUUAAUUACAAUGUAGCAUGGAACGCGAUAUGUGAACGGUACAAUAAUAAAAGACUGUUAACACACAAUCAUAUCAAAGCAAUAUUUGGAAUAGGUACCAUGAAGCAGGAGUCCUCACAACAAAUACGCAGUGCAAUUGAUACUCUAAACAAGCAUCUGCGAGCAUUGAAUGCGUUAAAUCAAUCAACGGAACACUGGGAUGCAUUAUUGAUAUAUCUAAUAGAAACUAAAUUAGAUGAGGUCACGGCAAAGGAGUGGGAAAAGGAGCGAGCAGGUAACGAACUUCCUACUCUAGAAGAAUUUAAGCAAUUUCUGAGUACACGAGCAGAAUUAUUAGAAACUCUCGAAUUAAAUAGUAAGGACACAUUUAAGCAAAAGCAACAGAUAGCUAAUAAAACAAAAACAUUUUUAGUCAAACCUCAAGGUUGUAUCUUAUGUAAAGAAGCCCAUAGAAUACAAAACUGUCCAAAGUUCUUAGCUCUUAACGUUACUGAUAGAUUAGAAUGCUUAAAGAAAUCAAAAUUAUGUAUAAAUUGCUUGAGAACGGGUCACUUUAUAAAAGAUUGUAUAGCGAGCACAUGUAAAAAAUGUUCUGGCAAACACAACACACUCAUACACAUAGAAAAGCCAUCAGCGCAAGAAGGCAUCAAUGGAAUGUCACUAGGAAUAAAGUAUAUAUGUGAACUAGAGAUUAGUACAGAGCACAAUGACUAUCAGUUAGAAAUCUCAUGUCUUGUCGUACCAGAAAUAACAGAGCAAUUGCCGAAUACAAAGAUCAAUAGAAACGAAUUAUCAAUUCCUACGAAUAUAAAACUAGCAGAUCCGUCCUUCCAUACACCUGGAAAAAUAGAUAUGUUAAUAGGCGCGGACUAUUUUUGGAAUCUUUUGAGUGUAGGCCAAAUCAAGGCAGGAAAACUUACAAUACAAGAAACUAGACUAGGUUGGGUAAUUGCAGGCCCAUUACAAAACAUUAGAUCUCGAUCGGUAAGAUGUAAUACAGCAAAACUGCAAACUAUAGAAAAACAAGUCGAAAGAUUUUGGGAAAUUGAACAGUGCAACAACACAAAUCAUUUAUCAGAAGAGGAAAAUAGAUGCGAGGAACAUUUUUUGAAAACAGUUAAACGAGAUGCGAAUGGAAGAUUUACAGUAACAGUUCCAUACAAGGAUAGUUUAAGUAAAUUAGGAGACUCUAAGAAAAUAGCACAACAUCGAUUUGUCAACCUCGAACAAAGACUACAGAAAAAAUCGGCACUUAAAAGACAUUAUGAAACAUUUCUGGCAGAAUAUCAACAAUUAGGCCACAUGAGUAAAAUUUCAAAUGAAACAAAGGUUAAAUACACAUAUUAUCUUCCUCACCAUUGUAUAGUUAAAAACGAAAAGCUAACAACAAAGACACGAGUAGUAUUUGAUGCUUCCGCGGUUACUGAUAGUGGAGUUUCAUUAAAUGAUUUACAAUUAGUAGGUCCAAAAACUCAGAAUGAUCUAUUUACAAUAUUAAUCAGAUUUCGAAUGCACAGUUACAUCAUCUCAGCAGAUAUUGAGAAAAUGUUUAGGCAAGUACUAGUUAACCCGGAACAACGUUCUCUUCAAAGAAUUUUAUGGCGCUUCACGCAAGAAGAUCAAAUACAAACUUACGAAUUAAAUACACUUACAUAUGGUACAGCUUCAGCACCAUUCUUAGCAACCAGGUGCCUGAUACACUUAGCGGACGAAGUCAAGGAACAAUAUCCAGAAAUAGCAAAAAUUAUACGCGAAGAUUUUUAUGUUGAUGACGUGUUAACGGGCACUGAGUCGAUCGAGAAGGCCAGACAAAUAAUAGAACUAAUUUGUAAAGUCUUAGAUUCGGCGGGUUUUAAGCUAAGAAAAUGGGCUUCAAAUGAACCUAGCAUACUAAAAAACAUACCUAUAAACGAUCAUAAUCCAACUAUUGUCAAUUUUGAAGAGAACGGUCAAUUUAAAACAUUAGGUUUAACAUGGAAACCGAGUACAGACAUUUUAAAAUUUGAUAUAAAGGACCUACGAGAGGCAAGGUUUACAAAGAGGCAAAUACUGUCAGAUAUAACGCAAAUAUUUGACCCAUUAGGUUUAUUGGGGCCGUGUGUCAUACAAGCAAAGAUUAUAUUGCAAAAGCUAUGGCUUCUAAAAAUAGAUUGGGACGAUCCGUUACCGUCAGGGUUACACUAUAAUUGGGAUGCUUUCCGUAAACAAUUAAUAGAAUUAAGACAACUCGAUAUACCUAGAUGCAUUUCGAUUAAAGAUAGUAUAAAUGUAGAAAUACACGGAUUUGCAGACGCGUCUCAAAACGCCUACGGGGCGUGCAUUUAUAUGCGUGUACAAGAUUCAAAGGACAAUGUUAGUGUAAAACUGGUAUGCUCAAAGACUAGAGUUGCUCCUCUUAAACAACAAUUAAUUCCGCGAUUGGAACUUUGUGCGGCGCUUCUGUUGGCACGUUUAAUACAUAAGAUUACUAAUGAAGCAAAAAUAAUGCAUAACAGUAGAACAUAUUGGAGUGACUCAACUAUAGUGCUCGGUUGGUUACAAUUACAACCAAAUAAAUUACAAGUAUUUGUUGCAAAUAGAAUCGCGGAAAUUCAGCGUCUUACAAACGUAGCUGACUGGAAACAUGUUCCAACGGAGAAAAAUCCAGCGGACUUCUUGUCUCGUGGCAUGACUCCUAGUCGGCUAAUAUCAUCAAAGUCUUGGUGGCAUGGGCUAACAUUUCUAAUGAGUACGAAGGAUAAAUGGCCUAAAUGCCCAGCAUUAGAAAAUAAAGUUACUGAAUUAAAAAGGAAAUGUUAUGCGAUAAAGACUCAGCAAAAAUUAGAUUGUUCUAUAUUCGAAAUUACUUCAAAUUUAAGUCGUCUUAUUCGAAUCUUAACUUAUUGUAGACGCUUCAUACAUAAUUGUAGGAAUAAAUCGAAACAAAAAACAGAAGCUCUGUCAGUCAUAGAAUUAAAUGAUACAUUAAAUUCAAUAGCAAGGUUGGCUCAACAACAAGCUUUUCCGUCCGAAAUACAAGCAAUUAAGUCUGACUUACCAAUUACAAAGGGAAACUUAGUUUCACUUAAUCCAUUUAUUGAUGAAAAAGGAAUCAUGAGAGUGGGAGGGAGAUUGCGAAAUUCGAGCCUUUUCUAUGAAAAAAGACAUCCCAUAAUUUUGCAUGCUAGUCAUCCGUUGGCUAAAAUGAUUGCUACAAGAGAACAUGUACGACUGCUUCAUGCGGGACCACAACUCCUGUUAGCUACAAUGCGACAGCAAUUUUGGAUAAUAAGUGGCAGAAAUCUUGCGCGCAAGGUUGUACAUAGUUGUGUGCAAUGUUUCCGCAACAAGCCGCAACAAGCGCAACAUAUUAUGGGUGAAUUACCCAGUCAACGAGUAACAAUAUCGACUCCGUUCCAUGCUACAGGCGUAGAUUACGCAGGGCCCUUCCUAAUAAAGGACAGGAAGGGUCGAGGUUGCAAGACAACCAAGAGUUAUGUGUGUGUGUUUGUUUGCUUUGCCACUAAAGCUAUGCAUUUAGAACUAAUAACAGAUCUGACGAGCGAGGCGUUCAUAGCGGCACUAAGACGUUUUGCAUCCAGAAGGGGCAAGCCAGCCCACAUAUAUUCAGACAAUGGCACGAGUUUUGUCGGUGCCAAUCGCGAAUUAAAAGAUUUAGGCGAAUUUUUAAGUAAAGAAAACAAAAAAUUGAGUCAAGCAAUCGGUGAAUUGAGCAUAGAAUGGCAUUUUGCACCGGCGUAUUCACUUCAUUUUGGAGGGAUUUGGGAGUCGGGAGUGAGAUCCACAAAGCACCAUUUGAAACGAGUGGCGGGUAAUGUAAUAAUGACAUUUGAAGAAUUUUAUACCCUCCUAACCCAAAUAGAAGCCGUCCUAAACUCAAGACCUUUAACCCCGCUGUCCAACAAUCCUAAUGAUCUUACACCAUUAACACCAGCUCAUUUUCUGAUUGGUCGACCGUUGACAGCUAUACCAGACGUUUCAUUGACGCAUCUUCCAGAAGCCAGAUUGUCCAGAUGGCAAAUGAUCCAAAAAAUGCAACAGCAUUUUUGGAGCCGGUGGAGCAAGGAGUAUAUCACAGAGUUACAACAAAGAACAAAAUGGAGGCAACCAUAUCCAAACCUAGAGGAAGGAACGGUAGUCCUUAUAAAAAAUGAGAAUCUACCACCCCUGAAAUGGAAGCUAGGACGAAUCAUCGCAGUCCACCCGGGCAAGGACAAGGUUGCAAGGGUUGCUACCGUGAAAACAUCGACAGGAACCAUACGGAUCGCGAUACAAAAGAUAUGUCCGUUACCACAAGAAGAUUGUAAAAAUCAAAAAUAA